ACCAAUAAGGUUAAGGAGUCCUAGCCAAUCAGCGGCAUCGUAGGGCGGGCCUUGCUUUUGCCAUAGUAGGAUUCGUAAUUUAGCGACCGGGAACAAGCGGAACAAGGUGUGCACGUUAACUUCUGGGCACCCUGCAACCUUCCACAUAUCACAGUCCUUAAGUGUUGCCAUCAUGCCUGCCAAAAAGACCACCACUAAGAGGAAGUCUGAGCCCAUUGUGGAGAAUGUGCAAGACCUCAAGAAAGUGAAAGUUUCCCACAGCAGUCAUGGGAAGGAGGCAGGCCAGGUUCUUGUUCUGGGCAUGGGUGAUGUUGGACAGUUGGGUCACGGCGAGGACAUCUUUCAGAGGAAGAAGCCGUCCCUUGUGUCCCUGCCAGAGAAAAUCGUGCAAGUGGUGGCUGGAGGCAUGCACACUGUAUGCCUGAGCGACACUGGCAAUGUCUACACUUUUGGCUGUAAUGACGAAGGAGCCCUUGGUCGGGACACAACAGAGUCGGGGUCUGAGAUGGUUCCAGGAAAGGUGCCUCUGGAGGAGAAGGUGGUCCAGGUGUCGGCAGGGGACAGCCACACAGCUGCACUCACAGAUGAUGGAACAGUGUACAUGUGGGGCGCCUUCAGGGACAACAACGGUGUUAUAGGCCUACUGGAGCCCCUAAAAACAUGCACUGUUCCAGUCAAAGUCCCCAUGCCUGAACCAGUUGUGAAAAUUGCAUCAGGUAACGACCACCUGGUAAUGGUUACACUGGAGGGAUACCUUUACUCAUCUGGCAAUGGAGAGCAGGGGCAGCUGGGGAGAGUGCCUGAAAUCUUUUCAAACAGAGGAGGCAGGAAAGGCCUUGAACGUAUGCUGGUACCACAGGUAGUUUCUCUUAAAGGGAAAAAAGGGAAAGAAGGCAAAGUUAAGUGCGUCGAUGUCUUCUGUGGGUCGUACUUCACCUUUGCUGUGACAAAAGAAGGACAUAUUUAUGGAUUUGGCCUGGCCAACUAUCACCAGCUGGGCACUAAAAGCACCAAGAUAUGUUUUUCCCCGGAAAAACUGAUGUGCUUCAAGAACUCCACCACUUCCUGGGUGCAGUUCUCUGGAGGGCAACAUCACUCAGUCUGCCUUGAUGCUGAAGGACAGGUGUACAGUCUGGGCAGAGCAGAUUAUGGUCGCCUGGGUCUGGGCGAGGGCGCUGAAGAGAAGAGUGAGCCCACGCUUGUGACUGGGAUGGAGCCGGCCAGCAGCGUGGCAUGUGGGGCGUCUGUCAGCUUCGCUGUGACCAGACAAGGAUCUGUGUACGCCUGGGGCAUGGGCACCAACCUGCAGCUUGGCACUGGAGAAGAGGAUGAUGAAUGGAGCCCUGUUAAGAUGACAGGCAAGCAGCUGGAGAACCGCGUAGUACUGACGGCCUCCAGUGGAGGGCAGCAUACAGCUCUUUUGGUCAAGGACAAACAGGAGAGCUGAUGUCUAUCUGACUGAUGGGGGAUCUUUUGAUCAGUUACUUGGUGGGGCCUUGUUCACGAUGCCUAAAUCUGGAGAAGGGGUUGAUCUGUGUGACUUCCUGUGCUGAGCUGAGGGAGAGGUGAGAUUCAAAGCGCUUUUAUUGGAACUCUUUUCUUGCUGGUGUGGGGAAAAUGUUCAUGGAUGUUCACUAGAUCAUGAAAAUGAGAGACUAUUUUUUUAAAUCUAGUUUUUGAUGUUCACUUUGGUCAUUAGUAUGACUGUAAGAAGGUGUAUGUGAUGUUUGUGAAUGUGAGUAUUGGCAUGUACAUAGAGGAAGUGAGAGUGUAACCCUUUUAAUUAAUUCCACAAAGCCUUUUUUUUUUUUUAAUUGUUUUUCUUUCCUUUAAAAUCAUUUCAUUUCAUUUUGUUCAGGCAUUUAUACCGAAAUUGAUAUGUGAGACUACUGUUCAUUUUACUUUGAGCACACAUCAUUGUUGUGUCUAUUUGGAAACACAUACUGUACCUGCAUUGUGUUGCUUUUCCUGUCUGACAAUAAAGAUUACAUUUUAGGUUUUAA